CGUGGACGAGCCGUUGGGCGCCCGUGUGUUGCUCGCCACCAAAAACACCCCCAAACCCAUUCUCGAUCCACCGGUUCUAUCCAGAUCUCAAGGCUCCUCGACAUCGACCUCUCAUCGCCAUAACACUCGUUGCUAUCUCGCCAAUCAAUCAUGACCUGCCCUCGCGGUCCAUUCAAGUGCCUCCCCACCUCGUCGGUCGAGUUCGGGGCCUGUCUUCUGCGCUCUCCAGCACCCCAGGCCCUCUUCCCGAUGGGCUAGUCGUGGCUGAUCGUCAUACAUACAAACUACACAGUAGCGGAAGUGUGGUACCAGCACCGUGCAACACCCAACUCAAUCCUCUCUACAAAGUGUAGACGUCGUUGAUUGACUUUUUUCUUUUCGCUUGCGGGCGCGCCAUAUUUGGUUCAAGUUCAGUUCUUGCGAAGAUUUGGUGCUCAUUGACCUCAGCUGCCAGCCCUGGAGUGCAUUCUUGUAUCUCGUCUCAGCUCGACGAUAAGAUUCCUAUUCGACUUUCGCCUGAUUCGAUUCUCCCCGAUACUAUUGUUGAUCGUGUGCGCAUUUAUAACAAACAGACACGGCCGAUCCAUCCUAGACCUAACCUACCUCGAUCGUUUGUUCCACGAAACAACGAGUCGAAUUUGAGUCUUAUUACGGCCACCGUUGGAGCAUCGCACGGACAAGAGUGGGAUGAAUGUAUCUGACCGGCAGAUGGAUCCUGUUAUCACCCAGCCUUGACUGGUGCCCUGGCAAACGAAAAGGCAGGGCCCGGCAGGUACACCACCACCACACUCGGGCCUUGAGGGAAACAAUCAAGCAACCGCUCAAAUGAGCGUUGAUGAACAGGAUAAGCCGUCGACGACACCGGCAAGCGGCUCAGAAAAAUCCCCGGAGGUGGAAGCGGAGGUGGAGGUAGAUGCACGCUCCAUCGUCCGGCUGUUUCAAUGUUCACAAUGCUCGUAUCCUCUGAGAGAGGCCAUGACGCUACCAUGCGGCAAUACACUGUGCAAGCCUUGUCUUCCGCCGAUAUACAGGCGUGGCAAUAUCACCUAUCCUCCGGUUGAAGGACGAGAGAAUGGCUUUCUCUGUCCGUUUCCGGACUGUGGCGUGGAACAUUCGGUCGGCGAUUGUGGAAUGGAUGUCAUGGUCAACAAGAUUGUGCAGCUGGGCAAAGCGCAGGUCUUCAGUCGCAAGUCCGAGACAUCGCAAACUCGUCUCCUGUUGGAGGAGAAACUCGACAUGGCCAAGAUUGUCGAUAGCGGUAUGGACAUCAUGCCUCGGUCCCGUGUGCUGCACGGCGGACGGCUGGACACCACGUUUGCCCUGGCAGACAUGGGCGAACUGGACUACACCUCCGACGUCGUGUACACGCCGCUGGAUGUGGACCCCUCAGCUAGUUCCACUCGUGCCCAUGACUUGGCUAUUCUAGAGAGCCUUCGGGAACUAACGCGGCCGGAGCUGGAGUGUCAGGUCUGUUAUCAAAUGAUGCUGGACCCGGUCACGACGUCCUGUGGGCACACAUUCUGCCGGAAAUGCUUCGGUCGAGCCAUGGACCAUUCCAGCUAUUGUCCAACGUGCCGUCGAAGACUGCCUCGCCUGCCGGCAACUCUUUCCAUGGCCAGCAACAAGUUGCUGAAUGAUCUGUCGCGGAUCCUGUUGCCUGACCAGUUGGCCGCCCGGCAAGCCAUCCACGACGAAGAGGAACGCAUCGACGAGCAAAACCGGUUGCCUCUUUUCCCCUGCACGCUGGCGUUCCCUCAGAUGCUUACUUUCCUGCAUAUCUUCGAGCCCCGCUAUCGACUGAUGGUUCGACGAGUCAUGGACAGCGGCUCUCGCAAGUUCGGCAUGUUGGUUCCCAGAGGGCAAUCUUUCUCGGUUCCCGAUGGCACGGGCACCCCUCGGUUCCACCCGUUCGGGACGGUCCUGUACAUUGAACGCAUGGAAUUGCUGCCUGACGGCCGCAGCCUGAUUGAAACCAGGGGCUUGUACAAAUUCCGAGUGCUCGAGACCGACGUCUAUGAUGGGUAUCUGGUUGGAAAGGUACAACGUGUGGACGACAUACACAUACGAGAAGAAGAGAUGAAAGAAGCCGAGGAGACUUCUCGAGAAGCUGUUCCCGGCGAGUCCGAGGCCGGGCGGAUCCAACGCAUGUCCACACAAGCUCUUCUCGAGUAUGGAUUAGCCUUCGUGGAGAGGGCUCGGUCCCGGUCGGCGCGGUGGCUACAUCAGCGUGUCUUGGCCGCUUAUGGCGAACCGUCGACCGAUCCGGCCGUGUUUCCUUACUGGUUUGCCAGCGUCUUACCAAUUGCCGAAGGAGAAAAGUAUCAGCUUUUGCCGGCCACGAGCGUACGAGAGCGAUUGAAGAUUACGGCGUUAUGGGUGGAAAGAUUGGAACGGACAAGAUGUGAGCAAGAAUCACGGCAAGAACAACUGCAGCAGCAACAUCAACAAGAACGGCGGUUCCGGAGAUGGUAGUCGAAAGAUACGAUCACGGAAAUGACAGAAGGCGACUUCUGAUUCGGGCUUGUAAUCAGCUUUCCGGCAAUGCUUGGCUCUUUCUGGAGAUACAUAUAAUUCACCCGGUCGACUACAAUUUUGAGGGCUGAGACGGGCGAUUAGCCGAUAGCGACAAACCCCUAGGAAGACGGAUAGACAUACUUGUGUGUCCACAAGUUAUCUGCAAUAUAGUUGCAAUGUUGUCUGCCAAAAGAAAACAAAACAGAACAAAAGACUAACUUUUUCCCGUCCCAUCUCUCCACAGGCAGCAAUCGUCCGCGUCCGCAUCGUCCUGUAUUGUCUUAUGACUAGCCGACCUGGGCAUCCUGGCGGCCGGGGUGUUACUGAUGGUCUUGGUGCCGUGCAUCUAUGCGGCGUUCCUCAACAAACUCUGGAUUAGACAUGUCGUGGUUGUCGUCAUCAGCGAAGGCGAGCGGUGGUUGGAUUUGGUCGUUUUUGCCACGGGGGCGUUGGUGGUCUUGUGUUCUUUGGUACUGGUGCUUUUGAGGGUUGUGAUUCCCCUGUUGAUUAUUUUGGCGCCUGAAGACGCGAGGCGGAGGUUGUUGAUGGAUUGGUAGGACAAACUUACUCCGAGUAGUAUUGAAUUGAUGGUGGUGCUGGUGGUGGAGACUCGGAGGAUAGAGCAGCGAAACGAAACAUUGGGUUCAAGUUGUUGAGACGCGCACUGCAAGCCAGGGGCUGCAUUCAAGUUGUAUGAGAUUGGAGGGAACAGAGAAGAGCCUUGACGAGAAAGUACUAAUAGAUGCCAAUUUACAAUACUAGUACCCAGAGUUCAGUUCGGUACAGUAAGUGGGCGGCUCGGAUCGCCUGGUCUCUCGGUCGCGACAAUGAAUUCCCUUUCUCUUCACAUAUCGGUUCCCUCGGCCAGCACCUUUUAAGGCUCCCGUGUGGGCGCAUCUCUGGUCCUAAUCCGUCACCUGGGUCGGCAUCUGCGGCAUUCUGUACCUUGUAUCUUCGACCGUCUUCAACUCCUUCAUCUCGGGCGGCCUCAUUUUCCAGCAACUGACCUAUUCUGUGCCCAUCCUACUUCUACUCGUCAAACCCCGUCCGAGGUUCCCACACGGUUCCUUCUGGCUUCCAAGACUGAGCCCGGUGGCUAAUGUGAUUAUCGUUGCCUGGAUUGCGUUGACACUCGCCUUCUACAGCUUUCCUCACUACCUCCCGGUCGAGGCUAGCCAGAUGAACUAUGUUGCCGUCGUGGUCGGGCUGGUAUUUCUGUAUGCGGAUGGAUUUUGGAUCUUCUAAGCACGGAAAUACUACGUCCUGGUGGAACCUGAAUGUUGUACUGCAUUGAUAGCGAAUUUGAGCCACGUUGAAAUGCGCAAGGCAAGUCCAAAAGGUCUGAUCAGGCUUGCUCACUACUCUAAGCGUACGUUAAACAUCGAUCGUACACCCUUUGAAUGCUUGGGGGUGCCGUUGCCGUUGCCAGAUGCACAUAUUCGCAAGAUGGAAAGAGCCUCCCAGCAAUGGAAGGAGCAGCACCGCGAGUUAUCUCCUACUUAGCUACUCGCAUCUUCUCACUUCGUCUUUUCCUCUCCUCCAAGACUGCGUUCUGGGCUCGCAGCAAUGGCUUCCACUCACCUGUGGCCAGCAGGGGGCAUCAUUGCCACACUUUUCUCUCCCUUUGGGCCAGCUAUGGGCGCCAGGCUGGUCAGGUGGGUGCGGUGGAUUUUUGGGGAUGAGGGCACGCCUCCUGGGCAGCGGGAGGUGGUGCCAGAGGUAAGUCUGGAUUCUGCCUCUGUUAAUAGGAUUCGUGAUGCCGUCCGUGAUGGUAUUCAGGGAGGUCAGGAGACCGAGGGUAGAAUUGCCCAACUGACCGAGGACGUGAGCAGACAGCGUGUGCAGAUUCAACAUCUGACAGCUGAAAACGAGCGUCUUCGGAAUGAAGUUCGGACUCUUCAAGCCAGCACCUAUACCAUCACGGGCACCAUCACGCGUCAUGUUGGCUAACUGUGGUGUAGGCCCACCACUGGGGGAUACCAGUGGCGGUCGGGAUUCAACUCUCGGCCGCACCAGCGCCGGGCUUGCACUUCUGCGCAGUGCUGGUGACGAGUAGCUCUCCCAAGAGUGAAACCAAGACAAGCCCACCCACGAUCCCUCAUCAUGACAAAGCUAAGUGUGAUACCCCGAAGCACGGUACAGAUAUUCACCCACUUUCAUACAGACGAACAGCAGAGAUACCAGCCUGAAUCUCAAUCGCUCAUGGCAUUCGACAUCCUCCUCCUCUUAUUCCUCCUUUGUCUUCGAUAUCAGGAGAUGGCGUAUGAAGGCAACUGGAAUUGGCCACAGAAAAGCUAGGAAUUGGGUCAAUCAGUGGUCCAUUCAAGGAACCGGUGAAGCGGGUGAGGUCAAUGCUUCAAACGACCAGGACUGGUGCAGGAUCAUCAUGGCGGGAUUGAAGAGUAUAUAGCCGUAGGUAGGCAGAUAUAAUUGACAUUGACACAG